UUCAGUAGCGCUCAGCUGCUGGAGAGGUGAGCACCACUCCGGCUGCUCCUCCACUCAUCGCGGCUGCUGCUGCUGCUCGAAUCGGCUCGUUUGCAAGAAGAGCUCCGUUACAUUGCAAAAACAACACAGUCCUCCGCAGGUUUCUCUGUACUUGACACCCACAUCUGCGCCCCAUCACACCUCCGACGCACUCGCAGGGCUUUUUUUUCAGUUUUUUGGUUUCAUUUUUACGCGUCGUUGGAUGGCUCAGCUUCCCGGUCUGUGGCGCCUUUAACCACCUGCACCGUAUCACACCGACCGACGCUCCUGUGAAGCUGCAGCAUCGCUCUACAUUCCUGUGGACUGGAGCUCGUCGGAAAAGGUGCAGCAGGAUGCAGGGUAGACUGCCUGUGUGUGGACUGCAGCCCCUGCUGGCCCUCCUUCUGCUUCAGACUGCAGGUUGUGGUUUAACCAAUGCCGACACAGUGGUGAAUAUGCGGAAGGUGACCCAUCAGGCUAUUAGUGAGGAGCUUUCGAAAACCGUCCUCCUGCCCUGUCUCUUCACCCUCCGCCCCACCACCGGUUCAUCCCAUGAGCCCCCCAGGAUCAAGUGGACCAAGGUUUGGGGCCAGAGAGGCUCCGACGGACUGCAGAAGGAACAGUCGGUCCUGGUGGCCAAAGACAACGUGGUCAAGGUGAAAAAGGCCUUCCAGGGUCGCGUAACGCUGCCUGGUUACAGUAAGAAUCGCUACAAUGCCAGUCUUGCUCUCACCGGGUUACGUUCCAGCGACUCAGGUCUCUACCGCUGUGAGGUCGUGGUGGGCAUCAAUGAUGAGCAGGACACGGUUCCUCUGGAGGUCACAGGUGUGGUGUUCCACUACAGGGCCCCUCAUGACCGCUAUGGCUUGUCCUUCGCCGACGCCAUGAGGGUUUGCGUGGAGAACUCGGCCGCCAUUGCGACACCAGGUCAGCUGCAGGCUACCUUCGCUGAUGGAUUUGAUAACUGCGAUGCCGGCUGGCUGUCCGACCAGACUGUACGGUAUCCCAUCCAGUCGCCUCGGCCUGGUUGCUAUGGCGAUCGCGAAGACUCACCUGGAGUCCGUAACUACGGCAAUAGGUCCCCUGAUGAGCUGUUUGAUGUCUACUGCUUCGCUAAGCAGCUUCAAGGUGAAGUCUUCCACUCCACAGUGCCAGACAAGCUGAGCCUUGCCACCGCCUCCACCCACUGCCAUUCACUGGGAGCCCAGCUGGCCACUGUCGGGCAGCUGUACCUGGCCUGGCAGGCUGGUCUGGACCAGUGUGAUCCCGGCUGGCUGGCCGAUGGUAGCGUUCGUUAUCCCAUCAAUGUCCCACGGAAAAACUGCGGCGGAGACGAUCCUGGCGUUCGGACUGUCUACAACAACCCCAACCGCACCGGUUUCCCUAACACCAUGGCCCUUUUUGAUGCCUACUGCUACCGAGCCCACCAGCCAGCGGGGGUCCAGGCUGCAGAAGCACGAGCUUUGUACCAAACAGCCAGCCCAGCAGUAGAUGCCGUGUCAACAGUCGCUGAAGCCCUGCGGAGCGGCCCUUCUUCCAAGACCGACAUCUGGACCGGCCUGGUCGACUUGGAGAAAGCGGGAGCCCCGUCCUUCGCAGGGACAAACAACUCUUCUGAGAUCUCUGAAGAGCAUGUAGUGAUCCACUUAAGGCCUGGGAAGGUUUGGGAUGAAAGACAGGAUGAAUCCAGAAUGAGCCAACCCAGUCAGGAUGGCCCAGUAAGCGGCAACGCUUUGGGCCUUUCUGAUCUUGAAAGCCUGGAGCGCCACGGAGGUUCUGCCCAUGAGGAAGAAGAUAUAUUUGGAUCUGACACCCCGACAUUAUCCUCCAUGGAUGCAUCCACCCCACAGCCUCAGACCAGUAAUAGUAUUCUGACGGAGUUUGUUAAUACUCUUAUGAGGCCCUUCAAGUACUGGACUGGGGGCGAAGGUGGUGACAAGACAGAGAAGGAACCCACAGGGCCUGAAGAUAAGGUGGCAGAGAACCAGACGCAAGGAGAAGCAUCCAGCAGAAACCUGAGCAUACCAAAGCCCAGCGAUAACAAAGGCAGCAUGGACAAUGCCAUCAUGGAGCACAGAAGUGACGCUUUUUCCUUCAGGGGUCCCAGCACCGGACUACAAAGUCCAGAUGAAGGUCUGUCUGAGCAGGAGAAAGAGGUGAUGCCAUUGAUUCGAUUAGUGCCUGCAGUGCAAAACACAGAGAAGAGCGACGCCGGCAGUGAUCCGGUCGAAGGAGCAGCUGGCACAUUCACUGAAAACCCUCAAUCUACUAUCAACGAGUUCCCUUCAUCGGGUCCUACUGAGAGAUCACCACCCAGUGAACAUGUCAACAUAUCCGGUCCUCAGGGAUCCAGAGGACACCCUGCCUUUGUUCCCAACCCAAACAGCAAGUUUCAGUGGGCCAUCAAGUCCAUGCGAGGCCCCAAACAAGGCCCUCCUGGAAACGUGGCCUAUGUGGGUAAACAUCCCACCUGGGAACCACUGGAAGCCAAAUCAGGACCCCUUGAGGUGAUGACCUUGCCCACCUCCCUUCAACAGGACAACCUGGAAAACUACUCAGGUGAGGGCAAGGACCCGGAUGCAGAAGGAGCUACUACUCCGGCUGCCAGAAGUGGAUCAGGCGAGGAGAAGGAGGUAGAAGGGAGUGGAGAGGGGGGCAACUUUCCUGGUGGAUUUGCAGUGAAAGUCAACAAUGUGGCCAGCAGUGGUGCCAAACUGAGUCGUGAAAGCGAAUCUUCACUCAGCCAGAGUGAUUUCGUCACUGUGGCUGAGCACACUACUCUGUCCCAGUGGCAGCUUGUGGAGCAACCCACCACUCCACCUCAGAGCUCCCAGGUUCCAGACACAGCAGAGGAGGCCAGGGGAGAGAUCCUCUACGUACGCCGACCUACCGACAAUCUCUCCUCUGCCUCCUCACGUAAAGUGGAGGGUAGUUCAAGUUCAGGAUUCAUUCCAGUCCUUAGGAAGCACAACAAAGGCACCAGCAGGAACGAGGUCAUGGCGACCACGCAUGAAGCUUUGAUGGAGGCGCUGACAACUUCUGAGGUAACAACUGUGGAGCCUCUCACUGGAGACGCUCAGAGGACGGAUCCUGCCACCACAGCAACCACCCCGCAAAACACAGCUGACACGUCCUCAACAGAGGAGCCAUCUAUUUCCAUUUCUUGGGUUCAGGAAGAGAAGGAGAAAACUCCAGCAACUCCAGCACCCGGUGGAGAAUCUCAAACAGCUGCUGAAGUCCUUCAUUUGACCACCGUCGCGUCAGGCUCCAAAGUUGGUGCAACAGCAAUGGAAUCCAGAUCUGCAGUUUCAGAGUCUUUCGUUGUGGGAAGUCGUUGGACACCUUUGAAAACCUCAAAGCCAGAGGAACAAAAAACCCUGGCGACAACAGAGAACAAAGACGCAAGCAAUCCAUUUGGUAUUCUUGUUCCCAACUGGGCAUUUGGGAUCAUCCCAUCAGUGGACAGUAACCCCUGCCAGACCAACCCUUGUCUCCACGGAGGGAGCUGCCUGCAGGAAGGUGAUGGCUACAGUUGCUACUGUCCUCAGGGCUUCUCUGGAGAGAGCUGUGAGAUCGACAUUGAUGACUGCCAGUCGAAUCCAUGCCAGAACGGAGGAACCUGCAUCGACGAGAUCAACUCCUUUGUGUGUCUCUGUCUGCCCAGCUAUGGCGGAGCUACUUGUGAGAAAGACACCGAAGGCUGCGAGCACACCUGGAGGAAGUUUCACGGCCACUGCUACAGGUAUUUCAGCCGCAGACACACCUGGGAGGACGCCGAAAAGGACUGCAGGGAGCACAGCGGCCACCUGGCCAGCAUCCACAGCGCCGCCGAGCAAAACUUCAUCCGAGGUCUGAGCCAUGACAACACCUGGAUUGGGCUAAAUGAUCGCACAGUGGAGGACGACUUCCAGUGGACCGACAAGAUGGACCUGCAAUAUGAGAACUGGCGGGAAAACCAGCCCGACAACUUCUUCGCCGGAGGAGAAGACUGCGUGGUUAUGAUUGCUCAUGAAAAUGGCAAAUGGAAUGACGUGCCCUGCAAUUACAACCUGCCCUACGUCUGCAAGAAGGGAACAGUGCUUUGCGGAGCACCUCCCACUGUGGAUAAUGCCUUCCUGAUUGGUCGGAAGCGUUCCCACUAUGACAUCCACUCGGUGGUGCGCUACCAGUGCGCCGACGGCUUCCUGCAGCGCCAUGUGCCCACUGCUAAGUGUCGCGCCAACGGCAAGUGGGACCGACCCAAAAUCAUCUGCAUAAAAUCCCGGCGAGCCCACCGUUACCGGCGCCACCACCACAAGGGCAGGAGGGAGCGCAGGAAGCACAAGAGGCACGGCCACAGAGAUGGAGGCCACCAUGGAGGAGAGCCGGGCCAGGGCCACAACCACGCCCACUUCUGAACCAAAAAAUAGCAUCCACCCUUUCCUUUUUCUCUCCUCUGCUGCCGACUGCAGUUUGCCUGUUCUCCCUGUCGACCCCCAUUUCCCCCCAAACGCUACUUCACAGCUCAAAACUCUCUUCCCAAUCCUCCCCAAACCCCCCCGGUCCUGCACUACACUGUCCUGCCAUCAGCUCCACCUCUGGCUCUCUGAGUCACCCUGCAUCAUAAUCAGCCGUGAGGUCUGCCAGAGUGCUGCCAGGCAUCACCAGGACAAUAACAAAUCCCUUUGUUACUCCCCCUUUUUCACUUUCCUUUCUCUGCUUUACUUUUUUCUGGUCUUGUCUGUCCCCCCACCUCCCCCUGCCCCCCUUACGACCCACUUACUCUCCCUCUGAGCUCAACGAUGACCUGAAACAUGGGGCUAUGCUGACCUGUUUUUGGAAAAAAAAAAAAAAAAUUUAAAUUCCUUCGAGAUCUGCACCGAAAAAUUCCUCCGGAGAGAAGUGGUUUAGUAUAAAACUGUAAAUAGGGACGACAUCACUGAGAAACGCCGUAUCGAAAUCAGAGGAGUCAAGGAAGACGUCGUGUUGUUGACUUUAGCCUUUUUGUCUGUUGAACACAAGUUAUUUUUUACGAAUACUCAGUGUUUGUUUCUUGACUCUGCUGCUUUUGGUUUGCUCUUUGUAAGACAUUGUACUUGACUCGAAGCGACACGAGUUAUUCUGAAACAGAUUUAAUUGAGUUCCUUUGAAUCAGAUGUAACUGAAUUAUUUGAUUGUUAGCAUUGUAUCUUCUUGUCAGUGUAAGACGGUUACUUUAGAUCAGAUGCUGAAACCCCCCAGAGGAAAAUGGAAAAACACACAACAUCUCAGUGCAGUUUCACAGCCUGUCAUGGUCAAAGGUUAAUCUAAAAGUUUGGUGUUGGUUUGUCUCAACUCAGCUCAGAAAUGUGUCUUUUUGUAAUUUGUUGGCAUAUGAAAAUGUGCUGUGAAAUAGUCAGAGUGAUGCAGAAGGAUGAAGUUCUCAAGUUGCAGUUUUUUACUGCAUUUGUUGUUGUUUAUUCCACCACAGCAUCAGUGCAUUGAAACAGAGCAGAAUAAGUCCGAUUACUGCAUUAGUAAGGAGUGUUAUUCUUACUGGUCUGUUGUUAAUUGCUAACAAUUCCCUUGAAGGUGACAUGAAGGUCAGGGUGAGCAGAUCAGUGAAAAAAAUAUGACACCAGAAACUGAGUCGGAUUUUUGUCUAUAUGGUAAAAAUUUAUACUAAUAGAUAUCAUCAUGAAACAUCCCCACUUCAUUACUCACAUUAAGACCAUUAUUUUUGCAAUAUGCUAUUUCUGAAUUAUUAUGUUUAACAUAUGCAAAUAAGGUAUUAUUCCACCAAUUUCUCAUACGUUUUCAGAACAAAACUCGAGACGCUGGAUAAAGCAAAGUUCAAAAUUCUCAUUUCAUUUUGUUGGUAUAGUGGAGUGGAAAGUUUUCACACCAGAGGUUUUGAAUAUCUCUUCUUUAUCACUCCAUAAAUCAAAAAAUACUUUCAACAGCAACGGUGAAAAAUCAAUUGUUGCCAUGUUAAUGGAGUUCAAAUCAGGCUGUGUAUGAUAUAAGAACAAACUCCUCUGCAGAAACCCUCCGAUGUGGGUGUUUAUAAGUGCUAUAGAACUAAGAGAUUUCAGGCUCAGAAUUUGAGAAAAAAAAAAUGCAUUUACUGGCAAACAGUUCACCCAAAAGUUCCCCAGCUGAUUAUGUUAAGGUGGUUGUUUUUCCUUUUACAAGAUUCCUGACAUUUAAAGUUUUAAUAUGGAAAUGAGUUAUUCUUUCUUAAAAUGUGCUAAUUUGCAGAAAAUUCACCUACAUGUGCAUGUUCUUUCCAUAACUCUGAAAGAAGACAUGUCAUGGAAGCAAAAUAUCCCAAAAUCUCAAAUUUUCCUGUAGUGUCUCGCCUUAAAUCUACCGCACAAAUCAAGUGUGUAGUUGCACAAACUUUCCCAAAGUAGUUUGGUGCAUCCAGGCUAAAUCUCGUGAUCUAUUGUCUCCCCAAUAGUUUUUCAAACCAGCAAGAUGUUAAUAAUGAAACAUGCAUUCACUGAAUUUUUGUAUAAACUGAGAUCAGCAGAACCGGCUGGGAACCCAGCAUUGACAUAUUAUCACCUUAUGGCAAACAGUCACUUAUUUAGACAACCAGCACAUAUGGACCGACAAUAGCAUUAGUUGGAGUUGUGUUUCUUGUGUCGGCCACCUUGUAAAUGUACAUUUGCUAACUUUAUGAGACGUUUUUUGCUGAAAACAGCUGUUCACCACGGCCGAUGAGACUGAAUCAAAAAGCGAAGUUGCCAUGUGGAAAACUGCACACUGAUGUUUUUGGUGGGUUUGUCACCACAACCAUCCCCUUUUACAUGACAUUUAAUCAUUUGACCCAUUGUCAGCAUAACCGUAUUAAUCAGAGGGCUUAAGAUGGGCAUUUUUGUCAUUUACACUGCUCCGUCUGCAGCAGAAUGUGUUGGAUAUGUGAUGGUGAUCGGCUCUCUGUGAAACCAUGAAUCAGCUGUGCAAACAGGGUAUCUGGAUGAAUAUGAGGCAGAGGAGACACUGAGCUCUGGUUCAUCUCAGCAUGUGUGCUCAUGACUGAGGACACUGACAGUGGCUGAGGCCCAAGCGGACGAUGAUAGAAAAGGUCAGCGGAGAUUAAGGCUCGCCAUUUCUGGGGCAGACAGUCUCACAGCUGUUCACACCUGAGCUCACUGCUCCUGCGUGUCCUGCUUUAAAGAGGGGAUUGAGACGGAUAGAACAAGUGCUUUGCUCUCUUCUCUUUCCCCCUUUACUGCCGGGUUAAAUUGCUGUUUUUUAAAGCCGGCACUUGAGGUCGGAGCUUCUGGGAUUACGCUCCAACCACUGACUCCGUCAUUUCUAUCCUUUAUGUGUCUCCACCUUGUGAUGCUUUUUCACCACCUCUGCGCUUUCAUCCGUUUUCUUCACUCAACAUUCUUUCCUUUUUCACAAUAGAAAGCAAGUGGAUGAUAAGCACAUCAAAAUGCAGUUUAACCUGCUCUUUAUUGGGGAAAGAGUACACUCAGGGUUUUUCAGCAGCCGAUCUUAGAACAGAGAAAGCGGGAUCGGGUUGUUUAAAGUCACAUGAAGUAAGAAAAUCCAUCCCGUGCACAUUAAUUCCCUGCCUUUGUUUGUCUCUUCUCACCUUGGCAAUGACAACACUCCUGUGCACAGAGAAGAAUAGUGAACCUGCACCUCGGUAUCAGUUUAAUUAAUCUACCGCAUGCCUAAUUAACAAGUGGCAUUAUCUGCCGAAGCACAGAGCCGUGAUGACAAGGGGAGGGGUUGACGGACAGCCAGGGGAAGGUGUAAGGUGACGGACGGGAGGCCCAGACAGCCGUCAAACCCUGUCGCUCCAUAGAUGUCAAACUGACACAAGCUUCUCUUAGUUUUUUCUUUUCUGCCUUUUCCUGGAAAAUGGAUUGACCACAGGUGGAUGAAUGAAAGGGCAGACAGGAGCUGCUCUCACAGUAAAUCAAAUCAGAGUUGACGCCCAGAGACAGUGUAAUUACAGUUGUGUAAAGGUUCAGGUGUGCCAGGACUAUAACAGAGCAUGAAAAGGUGAUAAGGGAGUGGAAACUGCGAAAACUGAGAAAGCUUGGAUAAAAUGUAAUAAGAUUAGUGAUGAAACUAAUGAAUCAGACUGUGUUGAGAUUUUAAAAUGACUUCUGCAGCUCUCCUCUGCAGAGAUGAUUAGGCUUCCAACAUAAAUGCCACAAAUUUAUGCACAUUUUUAAUCCCUAACGAGUUGGUACGAGUGGAUUUCCUAUUGAUAAUGAUCUGUCUUUUAGUUAAAAGUUUGAGAAUCCUAAAGUAAAAUAGACAGCACAUAAAAAGCUCUGUUUGGUUUGAGCUGAGCUGUGUGUGUUUUGUCUCUGUAAGUGAACAGUCAGCUUUUGCCACAUCCUCUGGGACUUGACCGGACUUUUAAAGGCCUUUCUCUGCAAAAACACUCUCUCAAUGCAGUCAAAUACACACAUUCUUUAUAUUUUUUUCUGCUUGAAACUUCAAACCGUGUCUGCCUCUCUUAUCGCUUUUUGACUCCCACCUCUUUUAAUCUCCUCCACUCCUCUCCCCUUUUUCCUCGUUAGGCUUUCUAGCCGGAGCCCUGAGGGCAGGCAAACAGACAGUGACAAAGCCUUAUAAUUGCGAGUCUUAAUUAUGAAGAUGAGUGAGUUAACGGAGGCUCCUGCCACCUUCCUCCUGGCUCAGUAGCGAGCAGGGCGCCUGAGGGCAGAGCAGCGGGGCAAACCAUUGAACAUCUUCACAGCCAGCAGGUCUCCUCUCAGGCUGAGCCACCUUUUUGUAAUCGUCACCCAGUCGUUCAUCUCACUCACAGCUGAGUUCAGCAGAGAUGAAAUAUGAGCUGGAAGCAGGUGUCUGGUUGACACAGCGCGACAGACAUGAGUGCAGCAGCAUUCCUAAACACCAAUAUAUUCUUAAUUUCAUGCUAAAAUCUAAUAUUUAAGCAUGAAAUUGCAGUAAAUAAACUAAUACUGCAAGAGAAACAACAUGAGUGUUUGGAAAUGCUGUUGUUGUGACAACUUCAGGUUUUCCUAAUCCAUUAUAGCAGGACAGAACUGCUAAUAUUCCGACACAGCAUCCAGGAACAGGAAGUGAGGAAAGUGUUUUUUAGUGUACCUUUAACAACAGAUAAUAAUGUAUGCUACUGGCCUUGGAUUUAACACUGAAAGACUACAAACCCUUCGAAAAUCAACUUUUUUUUUUUUUUUUACGUGGUUACCGUGUCAAAAUGAGAGUUUUUUUGGUUCCUGGCAGUCAUACCAUAAGCACAUAAAGCAUUUCCACAUUGAAACUGCAGUGAACCAAUGAGAGUCUCAAAAACCCAGAUUUAGACUUCCUGGAUUUCAUAUGUAACAAAUCUAAAGAACUAAUCUUGACUACUUGUGCCAUGAGGCUUUCUGUACCAUUAUUCUUCUUCAGAAUUGAUUUCUAGGUCCAACAACUUGCAGCAUUGUGUAGUUUUGCAGUGUUUUUGGAGCUGGAUGAGGCAGGGAACUACAUAGAGCCAUUUCAAGGAAGGAAGGAAAUAUUUUCAUUGGAAAAAAUUGCAACUUUGAUGCACAGACACGAGUUUUUAGGGGUUAACUCAACAGCCGGAGAGGGACUUUAAAUGCAAAGUUUGAUUGUCAUUAAAGAUCUUUGCACUCUGUGAAAAGAUUGAGGAAUCCGAAGCUUGACAGGUGCAGUAUGAAUUGUUAAGGUUGUGAAGAUGAACGAUGGCUCUUCUUGGUUGGUGGGAUGACUUAGCCCAGCAUCAACAACAGCUCGAUGCGUUACCAGGAGGACAGAGGAGCCGAAAGUUUGUUUUAGGACUUCACUUUGGCAGCUUCAUAUCCAUUCAGUGAAACAAAUCGCAGGUGACCAAUUCGGGUGCAUGUGCAAGAUUGCAGAUUUCCUGUUUUGGGUCUCCUGAAAAUUGAGAAUCUGUCCUCCUUGUACGAACUGUUGCAGCUCUCCGUCGACUCGAUGCAUUAAAAGCCGACACUCGUCAGUAAUGACAGCCUGAUAAGAGCAGUGGAGGCUGCUGUCCUUCCUCACUCACACACAGACAGACGAUUGAUUUCAUGAUUAGGUCGUCUGUCUUGGAGUCCUUAUUAAGUCUGUCGAUGGCAUUGACGGCACAAUAGCAUCGACCGACUGCUAAAUGAUAGGAAAACAGACUGUCAUAGUUCACAGCACUCCUCCUCUGGGCCCAUGUGAACACUUAGGUUGUGUACUCUGCCGUGUAAAUACUCAGAUUAUCAUUUACAUCCCCUGCUUCCUUUCUUCUUCUUCCUAUCUGCAUCUCAUUAGACUUUUUAAAACUUUAUCUUCUCCUGCUGCAUCACUUCUUCACCGUGCAGGCAUCCCCCUAGCAGUAUUUGUAUAAUAUUCUCUGUCUGAUGCUGAGUUGAGACAAUUUAUCAUUGUCAGGAAAACGGUUGUAUUCUGCUGGGAUGGAUGGAUGAAUGGAAAUGUGUUACUGUGGGAGAAUGAAGAAAUGACAGAGCUGAAACCGAUGACAAACACUCCCUUUUUUCCCCUCUCCUGUGAUACAAACACGACAGUUUUUCUAUUUUAGUUUUUUUUUAAUCCAUUUAAACUCUGGGUGUGUUUGUUGCUUAGCCUCUCUGGGCCAUAUUCACACAGCCUCUGUAGAGCCAAAACCCCCUCGUUCUUUCUGUUCCUCCUGCUAACACUGUUUUUGAACUGCUGCAUCAGAAAAACCGAGACACUUGCUUCGGUCAACACGCUGCAGGAGAGCUGGAAGCGAGGUGAUGCUUUACCAUACAGACAAACAUCACCUCUUUGACUGUGUUCUUCUGCACAGCACUCCAGUUCGCAGCGAGUUGUGUCUUGUGUGUUCAAGCUGACUUCGAAGAGGCACAAAAUAACAGCAGCUGAGCUCGUGUAAAGCUGUGUGAAUGCGGUCCACAAAUAUUUAUCCAUAUUUAUUGAUGUAUGUUCUUAUGAAUUCCAGUCCUGUCACUGUAUUAUAUUCUUUACAAGACAAAUGAUCAUUAAAGGAAACCCUUGUUUGGAUCCGUUA